CGUACGCACGAAGCUACUCGCGACCGUUACAAUCUCAAAGUUUCCCAAAGUCCCAAAGUCGAUGAGAGAAAUGAUGAGAAAUGGUGAAGAAACGUAAACCUUGCAGUGAAGAGAUACAUACACGCAAAUGUAAGCAAAUGUAAUUUAGAAACGAUAAUGAGGGGAGAAAAUCAAAUUGCGUACCUUUAUACUUGCUGACAGUUACAGUAGAUCGAAAUAGCCCGAAAGUGCAAAGAGCAAAGUUUUUUCCGUGUGUGUCGAGUGUAAAUAGUAAAUAUCUCGUUACAUCUGUAAUAUCAGCGAUUUACUUAUCGCCAUCUGCAUCAGUGGGAGCAGAGCAAAGAGAGAUAUGUCAUGAAGUCUUUUUCCCAAUUUGAAAACAUUCAAGCUGAAACUACAGAAGCUAUGUCGAAACGAUCACCGUACUUUGAAUAUAAGUUUCCUAAGCAAUUGGACAAAUUCUCCAAGGAGAAGAUGGAGCUGGAAACAAAGCUGGAUGAGAAAAAGAAGGAACUUCAAGAAAAACAGAUGCAAAGAAAAAUACAUGAAUUACAGGAUAAAGUCAGAGAAUUAUCUCAAAUAGAAUCUCAAUUAGAAGAAAAAACACAAAGAUUGCAAACAUCCAACAAGGAGAGGGAUAUACUUGAGAAAGAAUUGAUCGCUACACGAUCAGAACUAGCGGGGAUUAAACGGACACUAGAGUUAGAACGGCAGGAGAGAAGGGAGCUAGAGACUCGUGCUCUUGGAUUAAUAAGAGAUGCAAAACGCAAAUGGGAAAAUGCGGAAAAAGAUAAAAUUGCCCAAUUAAACCAACAUAUUGCAGCACAAACUAUGAAAAUUACAUCACUAUGUACAACUAAUAAUGAAAUAAGUUUGCAACUACAAAAAGCAGAAUGUGAACUGCAAACUGCAAAUGCAGAAUUGGAUAAAUUGCGCGUGUUUCAAACACAAUAUAAGGAGUCCUUAGCAAAAACACGGGAAUUGAAUAGACAAAGUGUUCAAGGUGUUGAAAUUAAAUUAGAAGAGAUAUCUGCGCGUGCUCAUAAUCAGCUGGCCGAUUUACGAGCGAAAUUAGAUUUUGAAGCAGCAAAGAAUACAGAUCUAGAGACUAGGUUACGUAAUGAGCAAGAUUCGAAUCACUGUCGCGAGUCAAGAUUAAAUGUUGCCUUGGAACUUGUUCAAAAUGAAUUAAAAGAUUGUCAAGAACAGUUGCGUACUAUACAAGCUACGUUACCAGCAAGAGAUGCUGAAAUCGAAACUUUACGUAAACAACUACAAGAGAGAGCAAAACAGUUAGAUGAUCUGAAAACAUCUGAACAAAUGCUCACAAGUCUACAAGAACAAUUAGAAAGAAUGAAUCUUGAAAACGAGCAGUUAAAACAGCAAUUGGAAGCUACCAAGUCUGAUCUAAAUGAAACUAUGAUGAAUUUGGAGCAAAGUGAGGCACUUGCUUUAAAUUUGGAACAAGCAGCGCAAGAUAAAGCUACAUUACAAAAAAGAUUACAAGACUCUUUGAACAAAGAAGAAGAACAAUUGCGUAAGGUUUAUAAUUUAGAAGAAUUAUUAAAACGUUUGGAACACAGCGUUACAAAACUGGAAACAGAAAAUGCUAGUCUUAAAGAGUUGGAUCAGGCACAAGCUAUAACUUGUGCAGCAAUUACUGAUACCAAACACAAAGAUACAAGUACAAAGAUUAUUCAUUGGCAAGAGAAAGUAGAGAAAUUGGAACAACAACUUCAAGCUUUAAGAGAAGAAAUGACAGCUGAAAAACAAAGAGCGAAACAAGCUCAAUUGACUCUAUGGAAAAAAGAAAAAGAAUUGUCAGAUGCUAACUUAGAUAAACGAAUAGCUCUGAGAGAAAGUAAAAGAGCAGAGGAUAGAAACAAAAUAUUGCAGGAAGAAAAACAGAAAUUGCAAGAAAGAUUAAGCAAUAAAACAAAGGAAGAAGAAGAAAAUCUUAAAAAACUAUUGAAAGAAUUAGAUAUUGCAAAAGUGUCACUGAACAAUAUUACAAAAGAAGCAUCUGGAAAUAAAAUGCAGGCUGAUUCAGCACAAAGGGCUUUGACCCAAGCUAAUCAUCAGAUUGAAGAACUUCAAUCGUCGAGCGCGUCAUUACGCAGAGAAUUGGAUGCGGCUCGUAAGCAAAUGCGAUCGAAUCAAGAGCGAGUCGAUACUCUGAACGCCGAGAAUAGACGUUUGACGCAAAUAGUUGCUAGACAUAAUGGAGAAAAGACUGAACUCGAGUCUAAAGUUGCCAAAUUAGAGCAAGAUAUUAAAGGCUAUGAAUUAAAUAUUGAACUCUUAAAGGAGACUUGUACAGUCUUGGAGGAACAGUUAACGGACUAUGAGAGAUUAACGAGUGAUCACGAAACGCGCGAGAAUAUGCUGAUUCAGGAUAAAAUGAAACUGCAAAAAGAUCUGGAAGCCGCUGAAAUAAAAAUACGCGAGGCACGUACCGCGCAGAAUGAAGAGAAAACGCGAAGAUUAGCUGCCGAACGUAGUGUCGAGCAAUUAGAAUCCGAGACAAGUGACAUAGAAAGUGAAAGAAAUAGUCUUAUCACUCAGAGGGACCAAUACAAGAAACUCGCUCAAGAGCUUAGUGCACAAAUAAAAGAGUUGACAACAAAAUGCGGUGAAAUGGAGUACGAUCUUUCGGAAAUGGGUCGUGCUUUAGAAGCCGCUAAAGCAGAAUCGAGAGUCGUGAAAGAGGAAAGCAGUGAAUACUUGACGAGAGUGCACGAAUUGAAAGAAGCGAAUUUCGGACUUAUGACUGAUCUACAGAGUAGCAUGGAUCAAUGUCAAGAACUGAGAUCGAGGAUAGUAGAAUUGGAGAACGUCGUGGAAGAAAUGAGACAAUUUUAUCAGGAGAGAGAAGUAAAGGCUGAAGGUACUCGGCAACAACAGACUAAAUUAAUCGAUUAUUUACAAUUGAAAUUGGAAGAAUGCAGUAAGAAGAAAAAGACCAUGUGCGAUAAAAUACUCGGCAAGCAAAAAGAAAAUAUGCCUCCUAUUGGUACAAGCAUGCCUGUGGGAUAUCGGGAAUUGGAGAAUCAACUAGCUAAAGAACGAGCAAAGGUGAAGACAUUGACAGAUCAAUUAUUAAUUCAGAAAGCUAAAAGCACUUCCAUCUCCGCAUCUGCACCUACCUCCCCUACAGCACCUGCAGAAUGCGAAAGCAAGAGAAUAAAAGAUGUUACAGAGACUAGCAAUUCAUUUAUGAAACGAUUAUCUCCGCAAAGCAUAGGACAUAACAUUCCGCAUAGAUUCAAUGUAGGAUUACCUAUGCGCGCAGGAAAAUGUGCGGCUUGUCCGAAGGCUAUACAAUUUGGAAGACGCGCUGCGACCUGCAGCAAGUGUCAAAUCAUGACGCAUUUGGAGUGCGCAGUGUCUGUACCUGUAACUUGUAGUCUACCGAACGAUUUUCCGAAUUAUUAUCACAAAACUCUUGGAGACAGCAAUGAGAGUUUAUCGUCAAUAGGAGAUAGCGUCCAAACAUUAGCGAUAGAUCAGCCGGACAAACCGGAAGAAGUGAUUUCGCAAAGUGUAACAAGGUGCAACGAAAAUGAAAGUUCCAUGGAAGGAUGGAUGAAAGUACCUGGUAGAUCAAAAUCUUGUUGGGAGAGAAAAUAUUUGAAGAUGGAAGGAUCAUGUUUGUGCAUCUACGAACAUCAGCCAUGUGCAGGGAUGACACCGAUCAAUCGUUUACAUUUAACGGAAAACAAUGGUUUUAACGUUUUCGAGAUGGUACAGCAUCCUGAUGUACCAGGAACGGCAAAGUCUGAUAUUCCGUUCGUCUUUAGAAUCGAAUCGAAUUCCGCAACGACUUGUUGGCCUUCGUCUAGAUUGGACAUUAUGGCUCUGAGUCAAGCUGACAAAAGAAAUUGGCUUAAAGCUCUAAAGGCUGUUACCGGUCAAAAUUCAUAUGCUAUACCCAAAUAUAAAAAGUAUCAUACUAUGCUCAGAUUAGAAAAACAUCAGUUGGAUUUGAACUGUGUCGUUGAUUUGGGUGUGGAAAAUGCACUUUUGUUGGGCGCAAAAGAGGGCCUAUUUUCAUAUUGCGCCUCUAAAUCUCAAACGCUCACUACUAUACGUGGAGUCAAGCAAAUACAUCAGCUCUCUUUACAUCACCACUUGGAUCUGGCUUUAAUGAUUGCCGGUGAAUACAGAGAAUUGGUGUACUGCAACUUGCGACUAUUGAAGAAUAAUGCUUUAGCCGCCGAUUGUUCUAAACCAGCGAUUAAUACGAAGAGCGUAUUAUCUACUUCCGAUAGUUGCCAUCUGUAUCAAUUACAAGGCGAGAUACUGUGCGCCGCAACUGCAUCUCAUGUAAUAUUGUUUAAAUGGAAAAUCGAAGAAGAUUCGGGAAAAUUUGUCGGACUUCGCGAGCUUGAAACUCAAGAGCCUUGCAGUUGUGUCACAUUUACAUCAAAUCUCCUUAUUAUAGGAUGUCACAAAUUCUUCCAGAUUGAUUUACAAACUUAUAGUGUAGAUGAAUUCCCAGAAGAAGACAAUAGUUCUAUUAAAGCAGCGCUCACGGGUGCAGCUAAACUUGGCAUAUUUCCUGUUUGCGUUUUGAAUAUUUCUAAUACACAUGGCACGGCAGAGCUUCUAUUAUGCUAUAAUGAAUUUGGUGUAUUUGUAGACGAAAAUGGUAGAAGAACUCGUGCCGUUGAUCCAGUAUGGAACCAUUUACCAUUUGCUUUUGCAUUCUGCAACCCAUAUUUAUUCAUUAUUCAUUUCUCAUCUGUUGAGAUUGUAAAACUCGAUGCAGAAGCAUACAAUUUACCGGACAAAAGUCCUGAACGUAUGUUAAUUGAACUAUCUAGUCCACGUUAUCUAGGUACGGCGGGCUCGAAAGGAAUUUACGUAGUGACUAUAAAUUCUUAUCUUGAAUUGCUGAAGAUUGACGGUUUUUCCAAUAUGCCAAUGUCGAACGGUAGUUUAACGAGUCUGGACACAUUAGCUCAAGAAGAUGAAAGUAGCUCGGAAUUCAGUUUUACUUCGAGUUUAAUGGAGGCUUUAGAUGGACAAGGAAAAAAGGUACACUUCGGCGGAGUGCACAAAUAUUGAAGUAGGUCUUGUAUAUGAUCUGUUUGAUUUAAUUUCACAUUACUAUUUUUUGAUUUAUUAGAAAUUAAUAAUUUGUGUAUAUGAAAACAUUCAUAUGACAAUUAUUACGAAAAAAAAAAAUAUUAUCUCUAUUCUAUAGAAAAAAUAAGAGACGAGUAGAAUAAUAUUAAAUUUAAAAUUAUAUUCUUAUCAUGCUUCUCUCUAACAGAGAACUUAAAUAAAAAAAAUAGAGACAAACGUGUCAUGAUGAAGAUCUCAAAUACUCUUGCCACGUUAUUAACUCUCUGAUCAGUUAAUUGAGUUUAUUUUCUGUACGUGCAACUGUCAGUGUUAAUUAAUAUAAUAAUUUAUUGAUUCAUAAAUAAAUAAGUUUAUAUAUAAAAUUAUUAAAUGUAUCUAUUUAAUUAUUGAAUAAAUGCGUUCGAAAUAUUCGCAAUAAAAAAAGAAAAAAAAAACGCGCUAAAUGAUUUAACAAAAAGUUUGCAUUGAACGCAUUUAGCAUAUCAUAGCACUUGCAAAAGGCUAAAGAUUAAAAAAUGUAUUACAUUUCAAUAAUCAAGUUCCGCAUCUGUUUAUUAUUAAAUUGUACUUCUUGUAUAUUUUAAUAACUUUAACUUCUUCUAGUACAAUCUAUAGGAAAAUCAAAAAAAAACUAUAAAGGUAAUUUUUAUUUACAUACAAGAGCAAAAAACUGUAUACUUAAAUGAUAACAUUAUAUAAAUUAGUAUAUAUAUGUAUUAGUGAUAGCACAUACAUACAUAAUAUUAUA